AUGGCGUUAAAGGCCAUCUGCAGGCGCCGCCUCCUCGACGAGAUGGUUCGCCACUCCACGCGCGGACAGAACUACAUCGUCAUGCUCGUCGACGACCGCAGUUUGCGAAUCCUCUCCGCGUGCUGCAACGUCUACGACGUUUUGGAAGAGGGCGUGACAGUUGUCGAACCCGUGUCCAAGAAGCGCCAGCCGCUGCCCGAGUUAGACGCUCUCUACUUUGUCUCUCCUGAGGCGGCGUCCGUGGACGCCAUUUUGCGGGAUUUCGAGACGGAGAAAAACCAGUACAACCGCAUUCAAAUCUACUUCACUUCGCCGCUGCCGCCUGGCGACAAGGUUUUGCGCAGAUUCGCGGAGUGUCCUCGCAUUCUCCCUCGAAUUCGCGCCUUCGCCGAGUUCAACCUUGAUUUCGUGGUUCAAGAACAGCGGAUUUUCCACCUUGACCGUCCCGCCGAUUUCGCCGAGCUUUUCCACAGCCCAGACUCGGAGAGACUCGAACAAAUCGCCACGCACCUCUUCACCUUGUGUGCGUCUCUGGGAGAAAAACCUGCCGUUCGCUUUCAAAAAAACCUGCGCGGCUGCGCCAAAGCCGUGGCCACGUCCCUCUACGACAAACUCAGACAUGCACACUUCAAGCAAACGGCAGACUCUGGAGAGGCGACACUCCUGAUUGUCGAUCGUUCGAUUGAUCUCGCAACUCUCUUUGUCCACGAGUACACAUACCAGGCUCUGGUGUACGACUUACUCAACAUCGCCACAAGUGCUCCAACGAAGCCUCACGCGAAUACAGAAGAAGACGAAGACACCAUCCGAGAAGACACAUUCCAGUACGAGAUCGUGAGCAAUCUCGGGAAACACGAGAUGAAACGGGCCGUGCUGGGAGAACAAGACGAACUGUGGGUGCGAUUUCGCCACCAGCACAUCCAGGCAGUGAAUCAGGAGGUCCAGGAAGAGAUCAAGCGAUUCAUCAAGGAAAAUGCGACGGCACAAAUUCAAAAACAAGAGGGCCAGGGUGCGACGCUCCAAGCCAUUCGGUCUCUUCCACAGUAUCAGGAAAUGCUCGCAAAGUACUGGGUGCACGUCUCGCUUACAGAGAAGAGUUUCGAUCAACUCCAGGAGAGAAAUCUGAUGCACAUCGGUCUCCUCGAACAGGAUCUCGCUUGUGGCGUGGACAAGGACGGGAAGGAAGUCGGUGUCUCGAAGAUUCUCUCGACUCUCACCAAGCACCUGUCGGACGGCGGAGUAAAGGUAGAAGACAAGCUUCGCCUUCUGCUUCUCUACUUCACACAAAUGACCGGUCUGUCUCCCAGCGACCGAGCCAAUCUCAUGGAGGCAGCCCAGCUGAGCCUGGCGAGCGAAGAAACGGUGCAGAAGUUUUUGAAACUGGAGCUGCAUCAGGACUCCGUCGACACGGAGGCAGGCCCCUCGAGACCGGCUCAUCGCCUGGAGAGAGACAAAGAUCGAAGAAAGUUUUUCAAACGUCGAGCCAAAACGGCGGCAUACGAGCUCUCCCGCUUCGAGCCUUUCGUCAAAGUUCUUAUGGAGCGAGCUCUGGUCGGAGAUCUACACGGAGGCAACUACCCGCUCGUCGAGGAGGCUCGGUCAGCUCCAAAGGCCCUGUCGUCGCGCCUCCCGUCAGCAGCGGAGCAGAUGAUCGGACGCGCAACGGAGUGGGAUUGGAGCGCCGCCUGGAACGCAACGUCCACGGCUGCGGCCCCGGCCGACCCCGACCGACCCCGAAAGAAAUUGAUUCUCUUCGUUCUCGGCGGAAUCACCCUCGCGGAGAUGCGCUGCGCUUACGAGGUGUCCAACGGACUCGGAGCCGAUGUCAUUCUUGGCGCACCGCCGUCAUAG